GUUGAUAAAACGUACCGUCACUCUUACAAUGUAUAAGGGAAAUUCUAAAAAACAAGAAUCAUUUAAAUGUAAAAGUACUGCAACUGGUAGAUAUGAUAGCACAUACGGUUUCAUUGACUUCAACAAGAUAGUCCCAAAUCCUGCGGAUUUUCUUCCCAGUGGAAUAAAGUUACUCAAAAAUAUCGAAAAAAGUCAUAAAAAUAAAAUAUUAGCAAAUCCAAAUAUUUUCAAAAGAAUAUCCAUUCUGUCGUUAGUUUUCAUAAUUAUCGUAGUAAUUUCAAAAAUUUUAUGCAAUUCAUAUUCAAGCUGGUUAAAUCCUAAACAAAAUGAAAGUGAUACAUGCACCAUGUUAAUUGCAAAAAAUUCGAAAAAUAAUUAUUUAAAAGAAAUUUAUCAGACCGAAUGGGAUGAUGUUUACGAAAAUAUUCGUAAACUUCAACAACAAACUGAUAAAAUAAAAGCUAAACUGGAAAUGGCGUCAAAUCGACAGCGAAAAUUGAAAACGAAAAUUGAGGAUCUCAAAGCUGAAACCCUUUCUAUACUCGCGAGAAAAUUCGAAGAAGUGAACGUUAAAAUCGAGGAUGCUUUUACCUUGUAUGAUGCCGAUAAAAUAGGAAGGACAGAUUACGCUCUCGAAAGCGCUGGUGGUAGCGUGUUAUCAACCCCUGGCACACACCCCUAUCCGUCAAACAGAUACGUGAACUUUUUGGGAAUAAAAGUACAAUCGUCAUCUGAUCCUUUGAACAUUAUCAGACCUGGUAUUUUCCCGGGACAGUGUUUUGCUUUUCGGGGUCAAAAGGCACGGAUUAGAAUUCAGCUUGUUCGUCCAAUAAUAAUUGAUUCGGUCACCAUGGAUUAUCCCUAUCCAAAAUUACUGAUUGACACCACCAGUGCUCCAAAAGACUUUAAAGUUUAUGGAAUUAAAUUAAUACCGCAAGUCUCAAAGUAUGAAUUGGGUCAUUUUACCUUUACCCCUAGUAAUAAAACUUCCACAACUUAUUUUAUAAAUGCUACUCAAAAAAUUUUCCAUGAAUAUGUUGAACUUAAAAUACUUAAUAAUCAUGGGCAUCCUAACUACACAUGCAUCUACAGAUUUCGUGUACAUGGGAAAGAAAAACACUGAAAUUAAUUAAUUUUAAGCACAUGUUUCUUUAACUUUUUAAUACUUAAUUAGUUUACCGUUUUUUUUAAACAUUAAUAAAUGUAUAAGGUAUAUUGAAUACCCUUAGGAAUUGAUAAAUCCUUUUAAUUUACUUAGGCAGUUAUGAUUUUUUUUUGGUAAGGAAGGUACUUUGUGCGACAUCUG